AUGUCAAAUCCACAACAAGCAAAGCAAAAAUCCCCCUCGGCCCUUACCCCGAAAGCCCAUUCCCCAAGACCCAACCUCAAGCCUCUCACGCCUACUGGCGGACCCGCCGGCAACCGUCGCUCCAGUAACGAGAGGGAUGAGAUCCACCAUCCCGUGGACCCCACAGUCCUCGCCGAAGCUGUAUCAAAGCUCGACAUGAUCCGUUCGGCGCCUCCGCCCAUGUCGGCUGUACCGUCUCCCUCAGCGAGUGCUGCUACAAGUCGGCCGGGAUCGCCUAGAUUGUACCCCAACUCGGGCCAGGCGACGCCUACAUUCGGGCCCAUUGGGUCCGGGGCGAUCACCCCCGGUACGAUUGAGCGGGCUCUCAGUAAUGAGGGCAAGCAGAGCGUCCCCGGUACGCCCCAUUUCGGCGCCCAAACUGAGUUGCUGAGAACACUGGACGAGACUACAAGGGUGAUCAGGCAGAGCUCCAAAGCUCCGUCUCGUGCACCCAGUGUGUCGGGGAUUGGUACUGUUGUGGAAAAGCCAGACUACUCGGAAGCCAAGAUUGUCGUCGCCAUGGUCGGCCUCCCCGCCCGAGGCAAAUCCUACCUCUCCAACCGUCUCAUGCGUUACCUCCGCUGGCUGGAAUACAACGUUGAAGUCUUCAACGUCGGCCAACUACGUCGCUCCAAAGCCCGAACCUCUCUAGAAGAGGGCAAAGGCAAAGUCGACCAUUCUGCAACCUACUUUUCGCACGACGAUGCGGCUGCGCUGAAGAGGAGAGAGAAUUUGGCUGAAGAGUCCCUGGAGUCUCUCAUCAGGUGGCUGAAGGCUGAAGGCAAUGUCGGCAUUAUGGAUGCGACGAACAGUACGGUGGAUAGGAGGCAGUGGAUCAAGCAGAGGGUCGACAAGGAGCCGGGACUGCAAGUGCUCUACCUCGAAUCGUUCUGCGACGACCCCGUCGUCAUCGCUGCGAAUGUUGCCCUCAAGGUGCAGUCGGGUGAUCCCGACUACAAGCACAUGUCGAGAGAAGAUGCCGAAAAGGAUUUCAGGAAGCGAAUCGCUCAGUACGAGGCGGUAUAUCAAACCAUCACCGAGCCGGAUAUCUCUUUCUGCCGUAUCUUGAAUGUCGGGCAGCGUUGCUCCAUCAACAGGAUGGAAGGGUAUCUGCAAAGUCGAAUUGCAUUCUAUCUGAUGAACUUGCAUCUCAAGCCGAGAAGCAUCUACCUCUCCCGGCAUGGUGAAAGCAUGUACAAUGUCGACGGCCAGAUCGGUGGAGACUCUGACCUCUCGCCGCGAGGCUGGGACUAUGCUCGAGCCCUACCCGCGCUGAUCAAAGAUAACAUUGGAGAGAAUGCGCAGCUUGAAGUGUGGACGUCUACGCUCCAGCGAACGCAACAGACGGCGUCGUUCCUUCCGUUCGAGAAGAAGACAUGGAAAUCGCUGGACGAGCUCGAUGCUGGUGUCUGUGAUGGCAUGACUUACGAGGAGAUUGAGGAGAAAUACCCUGAAGACUACGAAAGCCGAGAUGAGGACAAGUUCAACUAUCGAUACCGAGGUGGUGAAUCUUACCGAGACGUCGUGGUCCGUCUCGAGCCCGUCAUCAUGGAGCUCGAGCGCCAGGACAGCAUCUUGAUUGUUGCCCAUCAGGCUAUCCUCCGUUGUCUGUAUGCCUACUUCCAAUCCAAAUCUCAGCAAGAACUCCCAUACAUCAACAUCCCCCUCCAUACCCUCAUCAAAAUCACUCCCAUGGCCUAUGGCUGUCACGAAGAACGGUACCCACUUCCCAUCCAAGCUGUCGACACCCACCGCCCUCGGCCGACCAAGGGAGGCAAGACUCCGGGUGGCCAUGUCGUCCCCGACUUUAAUCCCGGCGCGGGCGUGGCUAGGGACUAUUAUGGAGACAAGAAGCAAGGCGUGGGCAUGGGUCUGAAGGCCGAGGCGUUGAGUCAGGCUUUGGAGAAUGAGGUGGAAGCGGGAAGUUUGACGCCUACUGCUGCGGGUGGGGCAGACAUACAGCACGAGUAA